CCCAGCCCGCCUCUUGCUCCAGAGAGAUCCGGCUCCACCAUGGAGGAGUACCGUCGCCACUUUGAGGAGGUUGGAUUCAAUGCCGAAGAAGCUCACAAUAUUGUGAAGGACUGUAUAGAUGAGGUGUUAGGUGGUGAAGAUUAUGAUCAAGAUGAUAUCAAUCAAUGGACUGCGAGCAUCGUUGAGCAAUCCUUAGCCCAUUUGGUUAGGCUGGGGAAAGCGUAUAAAUAUAUUGUGACCUGUGCGAUCGUGCAGAAGAGUUCAUACGGCUUUCAUACAGCCAGCUCCUGCUUUUGGGAUACUGUCGCUGAUGGAACCUGUACUGUAAGAUGGGAGAACCAAACCAUGAACUGCAUCGCCUCUGUUUUUGCCAUUGCAAUUGUCCUGUAACUGACUAAAAAUGUGAGGACAAAGCUAUUAACUUGAGUUUGCCAGUGUCUCCUUUCUCAAAAGAGUCGUAUAGUAGCUACUUAUUAGUGCACUAGGUACAAAGUUUGCAGUAUGCUUCAAAGCUAUCAACAAACUGAAUUAUGUAAGCAAGUAAUAGCAUAGUAUGUUGGCAGAUUAAUUCUACAUAGAAUCAUUAAAGUAGGAACGAUUGAAUGUUAGCAGAAAUCAAUGCAGAAAUAUGGCAUGAUAUAAAAUGUAAUCUUAUAUAUACAUCAGUUUUUCACUAACUGAAUGUGCCUAAAGAAACGGGGGAAUCCAUUUAGAGAAUAAAAUUCCUCUCUCUAGAGACAUUAACAAGAAUAAAUUAGAUGAUCACAAAGCUGCAAGGAUGAAUAGGGAGACCAUAUGAAUUAGUUACCCCUUGAGGUUUUUUGGUUGUUACUGUUUUUUUACUUCACCUCACUUAGUUUAACAUAACAAAUAGUGGAAGAUACUUGUUCUCCCCCCCACCCCUGUCCAUUACUAUUACAGUAGCAACUAUAAUUAACUUGUUUUUUUUUUUCUGAGAAUUGUGAAAUCAAUGAUUUUCUGAAUAUCAAAUGAUUGGAUUUACAUUUGAGUGUAAAUUAAAUCCAGUGACCUGAAUUCCCUAGUUAAACAAAACACUGUUACAGUGUAUGGCAAUAGUAGAUGAUGCAGCCAACUGCCUUGCAGUUCAUUCAUUUCACACGGAACAAACCUUGGUGAAUACCUCUUCUGGGCAUUCCAGUCAUCAAUAUGCUGUUGAGAUCCUUGGUGCAGCUUGGUGCCUGUUUAGUUGGCAAACUGUAGCACUUGUGUUGAGGAAAGAUAAAAAGAGUUUUUCAGAAGAGAAGAGAAUGGUGAGUGUGGUUGUUCAUGUAGAAGGAAGCAAAAUGAAAAUAAUUUCUUAUUGCCAGAGAAUUAUAGCUGUAAUUAUUUCGGGAGGAGAUAGGGAAGGAAGAAAUGAAAUACUCUUUAUCCACAGGCAACAUGAUUAUGGACAUUUUAGAUGUUAUAUCAAGGAUUGCUCCUCACAAAUUAAAAAUCCAUCAUCUAUGCAACUCUUGCUUGCAGGCCUCAUUAGAAAUUAAACUAUCUUAGCAGUGAAUUUCAUCAUUGCUUUAGUUACAACCAUCUGUAAAUAAUUUGAAGUAUUUAUUAUAUGAGGUUCAGAUUGAGGGCAGUAAAGUAUAAAUUAACAAUCUACUCCACUAGCAAAUAACUCAGGGCUUAUGAAAUAGAAAAUUCUAUUAAGGAAUUAAAAGAUUAAAAAAAGGAGGAUACAUACAGCUGGCUACCAAAUGCGAAGUCAAUCUGCUAUUUGACCUUGAAAACAAAGUCAAUUCUGCACACCAUCAAUACAUAGGAUUAUAGUGAAAUCAUGAUUCAUUGGAAUUUUUUGAGGGAAAGAAAAAGCUUGGUAUUAGUACUGACAAUAUUAAGGGAAUAUUGUUUCAGGAAUACUCUGUGCAUGUUUGAUGUUUUGCUGAAUAACAAGUGUUCAGCAUUUAAGAAGAAUAUAAAAAAAUACAAGGAUUUGACUUAAGGAGGUGGUCAAUAAUUUUUGACAGGUCAAAAAUUCUCGUCGCCAUUACCUUUAUGCUACUUUAUGCUGCUGGCUUUGGGGCCCUUGAUGAUUUUAAUAGCGACCAAAAUGUCUGUGUUCUUAAGGCUCACUUUUGAUGAUUGUGGUAUAGUUCUCUUUUUUAAUACAUAAAUGAUUAUCGCUGUUGAAGGCUGAUUUUUUAUAGUCAUUAAAACAUACCUCGUGAACCUGCUAUCUCUUCUGCUUCUAGUGGAAAUAUAAUAAAGAUUAUCCACUUGC